UCGUUUUGACCACACCCAGAAUUUUUAACCAAAAAAUGGAGGGAGAUUUUUAAAGAUUUUAAAAAUUAUGAACUUGGAAGAGACUGUUGCUGCAUUUGGUGACGAUGAAAUAGAUUUAGGAGGUACUAUAGAAUACAGUCUAAUGAUAGCAAGGCAGCAUGGGCUGGCUAGUACGCUUUCUUCACCUUUUCAAUCAACUUUUGCCUCAUCACCACAAGGAGUACUAAAAGAAGAGGAUAUCCCUUUACCUCUUAAAUCUCCAUCUCUUCAGUUGAUAUUGCUAUUGAAAGAGAUCACACAGUUAAGGGAAAGCAUUGAUCAGACAGAUUACAAGCUAACCCAGCUGCUCCUCGAUAAAGAAUCCUCAGAUUUGCUACACAUUGACUCUUUAGAUUCUAAACAGAAACAAUUGGACGUUCUGACCGACUAUUUUUCAGCUGUUGUUCAAAAAACAUCAAAAUUAGUGACACAAUUGCAGAAAGUCAGUGCAGAUUCAUCACUGAAAGUUGAAGCAUGUCAUCAUGAUGAUGUUGUCACAUCAUUGUCACUGCUCGUCAACAUUGUGAACAAACUGCCGGAGAACAUUAAGAAAUUAAAUGCCAUCAAACAAUUCAAACUCAAGGAUAACCCUGAUGCAGUUUCUCCAUUAUCAGAAUCAGCAGAGCUACUUGUUGAGUGCAAAAUAAAUACUCAGAGACUUCAAAAUCAUUUGAAUUUAAGAUUGAAGAAACAAGAGCAAUAGUCCUAUUAUUUUUUAAAAUAAUAAAACCAUGUUUUAAUAACUUUAGUCACUCCCA